AUGUCAUCAACCACACCAGAUAUCUCUUCUGCACUAUUUCAGUCGACAAGAAAUUCUUUUGCUAGCCAAAUUCUGUCAGAUGAUGAUAAUGAUUCAAUAAAUGAAACUUUAGAUGCUACUGAUGGCAACACAAAUAAAACACCAGUCAUCGAUACUGAUGAUAAGGAAUAUGAUGAUGCUAACCCUGAAAAGUGUGAGAAAAAUCAUUUGUCUUUUUUUAAAUCCAUUUUGAAGUCAAACUUAUCUUCAAGGAAAGUAGUAUUCCAAUACUCAGAGAAAGUCUUUGAAGAACUCCAUCCGGCACCGGAGAGAAUUGCAUCUGAAACCUCAGUGGAUUACGACAGAACUAAAGAGUUGAAGGAAUUUGAUGACACAAAAGCUGGUGUUAAAGGACUUGUAGAUGCUGGCAUAGUUAGCAUCCCCAAGAUGUUCAUACGACCAGCUGAGGAGCUUGCUGUUGAGGAACUGAAUUCCUGCCAGACAAACAUUAAAGUUCCGAUCAUAGAUCUAAGCAACAUCCAAGACGAUAGCUGGCGUAAGGAGAUUGUAGAUAAAGUUAGGAUUGCAUCAGCAGAGUGGGGGUUUUUCCAAGUAAUUAAUCAUGGUAUCCCUUUAAGUGUGUUGGAUGAGAUGAUUGAUGGGGUACGUAUGUUCAAUGAGAAGGAUUUGGAGUUGAAGAAAGAAUUGCAUAGCCGUGAGGCCACAAAGAAAGUGAGAUUCAACUCUAACUUUGAUCUAUAUAAAUCACUAACUGCUGAUUGGAGAGACACUAUGACCCUUUCUUUCCUUGACUCUGACUCUGACCCUGAAGAAAUGCCAGCAGUUUGCAGGUAACUAUGCACUAAUCUAGUUUCUUAGUUUUUUAUCUGCCUCUCAGUCAAAUCUU